AUGCCGGACCCGGGAUGGCUGCGGACGGCCCGAGACCCACACAGCCCCCGCCUCCCCUCGCCCCGGCCCGGCCGUGAGGCGGGAGUGUUGCGGCCGGCUCUGCUGCGGCCCCCGGGGCCCUCGGCAGCCGGGGCGGAGGGAGGACGGAGGGGGCAGCCCCCUCCAGACCUGUGUUUCCAUCCAGCUCACCGCGGGCGUCCCGCCGGGUCGGUGGUGCCAGAAAUGGCGAACGAGUUCGGGGAAGCGCUUCAGGGGAUGCACGGGAAUGCUUUAUGCUCGCCCUGCCUUUCAGUCUCCAAGCCAGCACCUUACUGGGAGGGAACAGCAGUCAUUAAUGGAGAGUUUAAAGAGCUGAAGUUAACAGAUUAUGAAGGAAAAUAUCUUGUCUUCUUCUUCUAUCCUCUUGAUUUUACGUUUGUCUGUCCAACUGAGAUAAUUGCCUUCAGCGACCGAAUUGAAGAAUUCAGAGCAAUAAAUACUGAAGUAGUAGCAUGUUCUGUGGACUCAAAAUUCACUCACUUAGCAUGGAUUAAUACUCCUCGUAAACAAGGAGGACUUGGACCAAUGAAGAUUCCCCUUCUUUCUGAUCUGACGCACCAGAUUUCAAAGGAUUAUGGAGUGUAUUUGGAAGAUCAAGGACAUACACUUAGAGGCCUUUUCAUUAUUGACAAUAAGAGAAUCCUUCGACAGAUCACAAUGAAUGACCUUCCUGUUGGGAGAUCAGUGGAUGAAACACUUCGUUUAGUACAAGCAUUCCAGUACACAGACAAACAUGGAGAAGUUUGCCCAGCUGGUUGGAAACCUGGCAGUGAAACAAUAAUUCCAGAUCCUGCUGGAAAACUGAAGUAUUUUGAUAAACUAAACUGAGGCUCACCUCUGUUGAAUUAAAUAGGUCACAUUCAACUUGAUUUUUGCCAAUAAAAUGUCAUUAAUUUUGGUACUUUUGUGAGUUCGAUUAAUAUGUAACAGCA